CUCAAUCCUUUGCGAACUUACUGAACAUGGCACCUACAACAAUGUACAUGCUUAAAUUCGAUAGAUGUAAACUUAGAGCCAGAAAGGACUUCUCUUGUGGUGAAAACGAUUGUCUAGUUUCAAUAUUUGAGGCAACACCUUGUAAAAUUAUAGUUGAAUUUGAUGGAAGCGCUGAAGCAGGAAGAAUUGGUUUUUGCCGAGAGAUAUCCCAUAAAAAACAAGUAGACGCAAUUAUCGACAGAAUAGAUAAAAUUAGAUUGAAGCCUGAACAGGAUAGAUUCGUUUGUUCUGGAAAUGAAGAAAGAUUUAGAAGCAAGAUUACUGAACAAAUUUUGAAAGGAGAUCCAAUUAAAUUUAUCCUUCCAGCAUUUCCAGGAAAGUCCAAAAAUAAUCGGACCAAAACUCUUUCACACAAACCAGAUAUGGCGGAGUUGUUGUCCUUAAGACAUUUAGAAGAAUUCUGCUACGACGUUCGGGAUAUUUAUAGUGAAGGAGUUGAAUUUGUCAUUUUUGGCGAUGGAAGACUAUACGGUGAAAUUUUGGAAUACGGUGACAAUGUAAUUCAAGAGUACAUAGAUAUAUUUUGCAGUUUUAUUAAAAACAACCAAUUGAAAUAUGAAGAUGCAGAUUCGCUUUACGGAAAUUUAAACUUUGACGAAGUUCGCCAGAAAGUUUAUAAACUAUACGAAGUUGAUUUAGCCACUGUUGACAAACUUAUUAGAACUAAUGAGAAUAUUAAUAGAGUAUAUCUUGGUUUCUUAAGAUUUUUUCAAGAUGAAUUUGCAACAACAGACACUUUUCAAAAUGUUUCAAACAAGGAAAAGAAGAGAAUUCUUAAAGAAAAAGCCAGACGUUUAAUAAGAGCAAAUUUAACCUACAGUAACAUGAUUCAAAAUAUAUAUUCCGACUAUUUAAGAUUUUCCAUCCACGCUCAUGACAAUUCGGAAAAAGUAGGCAUAAGCUUAAGCGACUCCAGAUCUUCAGGUUCUCCGUGGCACAAUUGCGCUAUAAAGAUGAAAGAUGGGACAUGGAACUUUAUAAAAAGAAAAGAGGCGGAAGAGAAAAACGCUAUUCUAAGGGGUAAUAUCGGCAGUGAGGAUAUCGACAGCCUACCUUAUUUCGAAGAAGUGUAAAAUAAAUAUUUACUAUUCUUUUACUACCUGGCAAAAUAAAAUUUUUGCUGCUUCCCUAAGUGUAAAAAUUGAUAAUUUGAUAUCUAUCAAUCUAUCUAUCAAUAAACGUUUUCUUCAUACGAAGAGAAUGAAAGAGAAAGAGAGAGAGAGAGUGAGAGAAUACUUGAAUUACACGCAUUUUACUAACAAUAAAGAACAGGGUCAAAAAUACAACCUAUAACUCA